GUGCUUUUCAAGUCCUGGCUUCUGACUUUUGUUGAUAAUAUUUAACCGCACCUGGUUUGAAAAAGUGUGUGAGGAUUGUUUUGUAUAUAAAAUGGGUUUCGCACUUUUUGCAAAAUUUGAACUUUUUCAUUAUUUGUCUACUGUUUCGUCGAGCUCAAUAAUUUGUGUCAGUUAUUUCAUAAUUACAUGUUUAGCGAAAUUAACAUUGUCUGAAGACUGUGCAUUUGUUAAUGAUUGUAAAUGUGUGUUUCGUAAUGGUAGCGAAAUUGACCUUACAAGUUUAGGAUAUCAUGGUGAACCAAGAUGGAAAGAUGUGAAACCCUCACUAUCAACUGAUAAUUUUACCUACUCAUACAAUCCUUGCUUUAAGUUUAGUAUAGGAAAUGGAGCUUGUGAAAAUGUUGAAGUUUGCCAAACUGCUAAAGAUGGUCAACAUUAUAACAUUGGGAAUCGAGCAAUGUUUUCUGGAAAUGGUCAGAAUGGAGUUACCAAUGUAUCUUAUGCCGGUGAUGACAAUAAAAAAACCACCGUCAUGCUUGUAUGUUCUCCUGAAGAUAGUGUACCAAGGUUGAAUGUUACAGGGGAGGUUACUUCUAGAAAUUAUAUAAUGACUAUGUGGAGCAAAUGUGCUUGUGCUGAUUUGUGUCGAGAGGGUCAUCUCUCAGCUGGAUCUGUACUUGUUAUAUUGCUCAUGAUUGGUAUUGCCUUGUAUCUUGUUCUUGGAAUAAUUCAUUCAAGCUUAACUCGUGGUGCACAUGGUUGGGAGCUUAUUCCACACUAUGAGUUCUGGGUAGAUUUUCCCCUACUUGUACGGGAUGGAUGUGUUUUUGUCAUCAGUGGUUGCAAGCCUGAAACAGCUUACGAAAGAAUAUGAUUGUUUUAUGAAUUGUUUGAAAAAGAGCACAAUGAGUACUACUUUAAAAAGGGAAAAUGGACUGUUUUAUAAAACUACAUUUUCUACAAGUUUUUAAACGUACAAUUGAUCCUGUUGCUGUGAUUUGAGUUUAAGAAUAUUUUUGGAUUAGUAUUCUGGUAGGUGUAGGAUGCAAAAAAGUCUGUUCUUAUACAUUCACUAUGUGUUUGCUAAUUUUUUUUAAAAUUUGUGAUAUUAAAAAUGCAUUGCCAUCAAAGUAGAUUAAGAUCUGACAAUGAGUGUUACAAUGUUUUGCAUGCUGAAUUUCUUUCUUUUUGAAUUAUGGAAGGUUAUUAAUUCAAUUUUUACAUUUAGUGAUUGCUUUGAAAGUUUUUUUUUUUUUUUUCCUACUUUUUGUAAGAUUUUGCAAAAAUUCACUGCAGUAUAAUUUUUCACUUCUAUUAUCAAAUAUUAAAAAGUUUUAGAAUAAAAUUUCACGAGAAAGCAAUAUCAUCUGUUUUGUUUAUUUGAAUUAUUCUGUUAUAUUAUUCUUAUUUCCCAUACAGAUUUCACUUUGGAAAUUACUUUCUUGAAAGCUUCUACCAAUUUGUUAUUAAAACUCUUUUUAUUUCAAACGAACUAGUGUUUAUCCUCAUAUUUGUAUUUUUGCAUGUGUAUUGGAUACAUGUUUUUCUUAAUUAAUUUGUCUAUGUAAAAAAAUGCAAAUAGUGGUUUAAUAAUACAUUUGUAGAAAAACUAAUUUUGCUAAAUUGAUUGUCAUAUGUAAAAUAAAAUGUGUAAAUGCAUUUCUUUUUAAUUUAAAUGCA